AAACAACACCCCCCAACAACAAUCACCAACCACCAUCACCGCUCUUUCUCUUCUCUCCGUCACGCGCCUCACACGCAAUGCAGGAAUUGGUGACAUGGCCCGGCUGGUGAGCUUCACCUUUGCCGCGUAGCCCCCCUCCCCCCUCUAGCCCUCCCCAAUCCUCCCCUCCUACCUCGGAGCUCUUGAUCGCCCCCUCUCCCCUCCCGAUCGCAUCCUCCCAACCCCGCGAAAUUCGACCGUCAUCGCCAUGCCUGGCUUGUUGCGAAAGCUGGUCAUCGUCGCGGCCGCCGAUGGACUUAUCCUGCAGUCCGCUGGAAACGGGCCAAGACAUGCGAACAACAAUGAAUUCUCGAUCUGCAUAGACUACAAAACCAAUAAGAUCUCUUCGCUUCCCCUUUCCGUGUCAGAUCUGGGGGAGAAGAGAGACUCCCAUGGCUUGGAGGCGUAUGGUCUUGUCGGACUCCUGACUGUUGCGUCAUAUUCAUUCCUCAUCUCUAUCACACAGCGACAGCAAGUGGCCCAAAUCCAAGGCAAGCCCAUCUACGCCGUCACCAAUGUCGCAGUUAUCCCGACGUCGUCGCAAGCGGAUGCGAUUCGCGCGAUCUCCCAAGCCAAGGAAAGCAUCUUACAGGGCGAGAGCGGGCAGGGCGAGACCGCCUCGGAUGACAGCAGCGCCAUUUCAGACACAGACACCGAAGGAGGCGACACCGAGAUCAGCACUGUGCCAGCGUCUCCGGAGCAGGAAACCACCCAUUCCCGAUCCCGCAGCGUUGGUAGCAUCGCCGAAGACGUGAUCGGCAAGAGAAUACGGUUCGGACGCUUCGCUGCCAAUUGGCUGUCGAGGAAGACUCUGGGACUGCCGGGGCUUGGGACUGUCAACCAGGAAAAUACAGACCCCUUCGUGGGCGAUGCUGAGGGCACCGCUGCGGAGUCCAAGUCGAAGGCGAAGGGCGCAGACGAACAGAUCCUGCCCUCUCCUGCGCAGGAUAAUGAUGCGCCAUCAAAGACUCUGGGCGAGCCGUUCCCCCCCGACCCGACGAUGGAGUUGCUGCCCAAACUGCUGCGUUAUACGAAGAUGAUCUUCUCGUCGCAAAAUUUCUUUUUUGCGUACGAUUACGAUCUCACCAGACAUUUUGGGGCCCAGGAGGACCCGUCGCUGGUGAACCACCUUCCAUUGCACCGGAUUGUAGAUGAGCUGUAUUUCUGGAAUCGUAAUAUCAUGAACCCGUUCAUCGCAGUUGAUGCGCAUCACUUUGUUCUUCCCCUGAUGCAGGGGUUCGUUGGCCAGAGAGAGUUCACUGUCGGGGCUUCUGGGACUCCCCCGGACCCUCGCCCCUCUGGCGUAGAAGAGCCGAAGGAGAAGCUGCCGGAAGGUCGCAUCCUGGGUGAGAAACAAGAGGCUCGGACUGUGCAGACCAGCGAGAAGAAACGCGAUUAUCUACUUACUCUGAUAUCCCGGCGGUCCGUCAAGCGCCCGGGCCUGCGGUAUCUGCGUCGCGGUGUCGAUGACGACGGAAAUACUGCCAACACGGUGGAAACCGAGCAGAUCCUCUCGGUUCCUGACUGGGAUCCGUCGCAUAAUGCUUACUCCUACCUCCAAGUGCGCGGAUCGAUCCCGCUGUACUUCUCUCAGUCACCCUAUGCAUUCAAGCCUGUGCCGGUGCUACAUCAUUCCGCCGAAACCAACCAGCUUGCCUUCGAGAGACAUUUCCGCAACUUCAGCCGGAGAUAUGGAAAGAUUCAGGGGGUCUCGCUCAUCGAUAAACAAGCGGGCGAGCUCAAACUUGGCGAGCAAUAUGAGAAGUAUGCCAGGACGUUGAAUGAGUCGGGGGGGAUAGACGGCGUGCCGCUCGCGCUAGAGUGGUUUGACUUCCACAACGAAUGCCGGGGGAUGAAGUUUGAGAACGUGAGCCGGCUGGUGGACCGCUUGAAUGCGACGUUGCAAGAAUUCGGUGAUACGGUGGUGCGGAACGACGCCGUUCUCAACCACCAAACCGGGAUUGUACGCACAAACUGCAUGGACUGCCUCGAUCGCACCGGGGUCGCGCAGUGCGCCUUUGGUCAAUGGGCUCUCGAGCGGGAGCUGAAGCGCGAAGGCAUCAACAUCGACUUGGGCCGCGACUCGUCGACCCAGUGGUUCAAUACGCUGUGGGCUGACAACGGAGACGCCAUCUCCAAGCAAUACUCCUCGACCGCGGCCCUGAAAGGGGACUAUACAAGGACCCGGAAGCGGGACUACCGAGGCGCCUUGAAUGACUUCGGCUUGACGCUGUCCCGCUACUACAACAACAUCGUGAACGACUACUUCUCCCAGGCGUGCAUCGACUACCUGUUGGGCAACGUCUCUCCCCAGGUAUUCCAGGAGUUCGCGGUGGAGAUGCAGACGACAGACCCCGGGAUUUCGGUACAGAAGCUGCGGCAGAAUGCCAUCGACGCCAGCUGCAAGAUCGUGAUCAGCGACCAGUCGGAAGAGUUCCUAGGCGGUUGGACGAUGCUGACCCCUCGGCAGCCCAACACUCUGCGCACACUACCCUUCGAGGAAGCGGUGCUUCUCCUGACGGACGCCGCCAUCUACAGCUGCCGGUUCGACUGGAACGUCGACAAGGUCCUCUCAUACGAGCGCAUCGACCUACACUCAGUGACCCGGAUCAACUACGGCACCUACAUCACCUCGGUACUAACAGAAGCACAAACCGAUGCCGAGAACAACGUCGGCCUAGUCAUCGAAUACAGCGCCGGCGACGACAACGCCCUGCGGGUCAACACCCGCUCCCUCCAGAGCCAGGUCGCCCCCGAGACCCUGGACAACAACGCCCGCCCCAGCAAGGAAUGGAGCAUGUACUCCUGGUUCAAGGGGUCUUCGCACUCCACGACCCGGCUGAUCGCCUUCAAAGCCCUCCCGCAGACCUCCCGCAGCGCCACGGUCAGCCAGCCCGACUGGGUGCGCAGCAUGUGCGAGGAGAUCGAGCGCGCCAUCCGCGCCGGUGCCGGCCAAGGAUCCGCGAACUCGAAGGACGCCGCCGCCCGACCCUCCAUCAUCGAGUUAUCGGAUAUCAUCUCCGUUGAGGAGGCUAAGAAACGCACGGGAUAUCUGGAGCAUCUGGUCUAUGAUAUGAAAAAGAUGGUGUGGGCGUAG